GGGUUCGCAGUAUUAACAACGUAAAAGUGGCGAAAUUAGAAAUUAACCUUAGCAAACAAAAAAUUGCUAAAAAUAUAGGUGACUUAAAAAUGAAACUUUCAGUAAAAUUAUUUAAAAGGUUAAAUAGUUUAUCAGCAAAAGAUUUGAAAUGGUAUGAGCUACUUGCUAGUCAGAUGACAAGUGACAAGUCUAAUUUAGUUCAAAACCUGGAUGAGACAUCAAAAAAUUCUUUUAUGAAGCUAUUUAAUCAAAUGCAA